AUGCCUCAUCAGAAUCGAUCAAGUCAUGUGAAUGUUCAGGGAGAGGGGAAGAAAGCGGAGACACCACAUCUUAAGCAGAAUGGUCUCGCUGAGGACGCAGAGAAGCGAGGUAUGCGACACCCGGCACCCUUCUCCCACGAACCUGCUGCCCUUCGGGCUCUGGAGGAGUGCGACUACAGCAAGAAAAUUACCCUCCAAAUGGCCAAGUCUGGAACGGCUCCGCGUCGUGUGCGUGUCUAUGCCGAUGGCGUCUACGACAUGUUCCACUCAGGUCAUGCGCGCCAACUUAUGCAGGCCUCCAACGCCUUCCCAAACACUUACCUCAUUGUUGGCGUGACUAGCGAUGCGGACACCUUGUUCCACAAGGGGCAGACAGUGAUGAGUGAGCGCGAGCGCUAUGAGGCUGUCCGCCACUGUCGAUACGUGGAUGAGGUCAUUGUAGCCGCUCCCUGGGAGUGUACUAUCGAAUUCCUACGGUUACACAAGAUUGACUUCAUUGCCCACGACGACAUUCCAUACGCAAGUGAUGGGUCAAAUGAUAUCUACCAACCUUUUAAGGAUGCUGGAAUGUUUUUGACAACACAACGAAGUGAAGGAAUAUCGACAACAGACGUAAUCGCGCGGAUACUGAAGGAUUAUGACGUUUACCUCAGAAGGAACAUUAGUCGCGGAUUAACCCGGCACGAAUUAAAUAUUAGCUAUGUCAAGGAGAAGCAGUUGCUCUUAGAGAACAACAUUCAGACAAUAGUGGAGAGGGGUAGCCAUUUCUUUGGCGAUUUCGGAACCAGGCGUCGGCGAAUAGUGGCAGGCUUAGAGGAUCUUUACCAAGAGUUUUCGGCCUCCUUCCUACGUUUCUUCGGUACUCAGGGUUUGCUACGUCACUGGCUCUCGGAUACUACUGCAGCUAUUCGCGGUGUUGUUUCUCCUCAUUCCUCAGUCUCCUUGCCCCCUUCACCCCUUUCUAAUUCUAACUCCAACGCCGCUGGUGAAAAUGACACCACCAGCCCUUACAGAUCGGUGCUCGUGGGAACAGACCAUUCAGGAAAAAGACCUCGCUUCAAGUCUGACGACUCCACAAUUGAUUGUGCGGCGAGGAAACGCGGUCGUCGCUAG